UAUAAAUAUUAAUAUGAAAGACAACGAGAUUGAUGCCCAAGAUCAUCCGAUGUACAAAGUCAAUACAAUGACCAAUGAAAUCGACCAUGAAUGCAACUUUAUAAACCCAGAUGGGAAGGUCAAUAUUGACAAGCUCAAAUAUGACAAGGAUAAGCUCUUUGAGGCUGAAGGAGUAGAGUCCUGCUUUGACUUCAAUACAGAUAGACUAAAUGGAUGGAAAGAAAUUUCCAAAAUCAUUUUCACCUCUGAUCAAAAAUUUAAGACUUAUCUACAUAACUACAGAAUCGGGCUGAACAAAUAGCUAUGGUCAGGAAAUGAAGAAUUUUCCAAUGUAUUCAGUCCUAAUUCCUAAGCCAAAAGAAGAAGCUAUAAAAGCCAAGAUGAAUAGAAGAGCAUCAAAAGUUAAAAAGUUCCCCCAAAAAUAGGGUUGCUUACCUGCCUCAUUCUCAGAUCGAGCAAAACAAGCACAAGGCCAAAUUCUUGCCAAGAGUCCCUACCACCAUUGGGUAGA